AUGAAUCCCUCAACGCAGCCCCAGGUAUCUAUCAUCUUUCCGACAGGGAUUCAAAUUGCUGCUGAGAAGGCAUCGGCAAGUGCGGUAGUCACACCGGAUAGCGAGUGGGCCGUGAAAGAACUUGAGACCAAAUGGCUCAAGCUGGCGAAAACCAAGGAUUGGAAGGCGUUGACAAUGUAUAGGAAUCAAAUACUGUAA